AUGGAAAAGAGGAACCUGAGUGACACCAUGAAGGAAGCUGGACUGAUCAUAAUAAUUUCUUCACCUGUUCUCCAGGCUAAGUCAUUAUCAGGCUGCCAUCCUCAUGUUAACCUGCUGAAAGAAGAAGAGCAGUGUCUGAGUGAUCUGCUGACACAGUCACAGAAAGCAUCAGAAAACAACAUGAGUGUAGAGUGUAGAGGAAUGUGGGAUGACCUGAACUGCUGGCCAUCAGCUUCUCUAGGAGAGACCGUCUCCCAGCCCUGUCCUAACCACGAGUUCUUCACUUCACAAGGUAAAGUGCAUCGUAACUGCACCGCCCAUGGCUGGUCAGAACCACUCAUCCCCCAUGAAGAAGCAUGCAGCUACACUUUCAACGAGACACUCCUGUUUCUCGGAGAGUCCUCAGGUUAUCAUCUGUACUUCUCCUCUGUGAAGACCAUGUACACAGCCGGGUACACGCUCUCGCUCAUCUCCCUCACCAUCGCCAUCACCAUAUUCUGUCUGUUCAGAAAGCUUCACUGUACCAGGAACUACAUCCACAUCCAGAUGUUUAUCUCCUUCAUCCUGAGAGCCGUCUUCAUCUUCAUCAGGGACUGGCUGCUGUUCACUAACGGAGAGCUCUACCACUGCGACCACUCCCCCGUGGCGUGUAAGGUUGUGCUGAUGUUCUCCAACUACUCCAUCUUGGCCAACUACAGCUGGCUGCUGGCCGAAGGCCACUUCCUCUUCACCCUGGUCAGCCGCUCCUUCUUCUCCUUGAAGAAACACCUGGCCUGGUACAUCGCUCUGAGCUGGGGUUUACCGGUGGUCGUCAUCGUCUGCUGGGGUUGUUCCAAAUACUUCUAUGAAGAUGAAGGCUGCUGGGAGUCCAGGAGACAUGAAUGGAUCUGGUGGAUUCUGCGAGUGCCGGUCCUGCUGACGAUAAUCGUGAAUCUGGGCUUCUUCUUGGGUAUUCUGAGAAUACUGAUGAGCAAACUCAGGAUGCCAGAUGCCCAGUGGAACCAGUUCAGCCAGUAUAAGAGGCUGAUAAAGUCCACCUUCUUCCUGGUGGCUCUCUUCGGCCUUCACUACAUCCUCUUCGUCUUCUUACCUGUUCAAGUCAGCAGCUCCGUGUUUCAGGUGUGGACGUUUGCAGAGCUGGCUCUGUCCUCCACACAGGGCUUCGUGGUGGCUGUUCUCUACUGCUUCAUGAACGGGGAGGUGCAGCAUGAGGUCCAGGGCAGGUGGAGGAGGUGGAAGCUGACUCAGCACCUCCCCAGUCGGCGCCGGCAGCAUCACGGCUCCAUCAGCCACAGCAGUUCCCCUCAUACUCAGGUGUCCCUGCUGCCGUGCUCUCCAGGCAGUCCGACAGCCGCCGGGCUCCCUGUGGACACCCAGCAGAUGUGA